UCCCCUUUUUUCGAAAAAGUACUUUCGAACUUGUGGUGGAAUUGUCUAUUUUCAAAGUAGUAUCAAGCGUUAAUAAUUUAGCAGGUGUAACGUAGGCCUUACGACCGGCCGUGCAUAAUAAAACGGCCCUUUAUUUAGUGAGUAUUCAACACAUUGAAUUCAGUUUUAAAAACAUAAUAAAUUUUGGAAAAUUAAAACACGACGAUGGCGUGAUAUGUUUAUAGCUGCAUGGUUAUCCAACUUAUUUUGUGGAUGUGUUGGAGAUAACGGAGGAAAAAGGCUUACAACAUAACAUAGGGAGACUGCUAUGUUUUGUCUUUAUUCAAAGUUGAAUCAAAGUUAAUAAGGCCUUAUGCCAAUAUAAGGUUGGUUGCAAAAAUCAAAUGUGCACCUCUUUAGUCGUUAAGAAAGAAAAGGCUUGCCAAUUUAAAUAAACAAUGCCUUUGUACAUGGAUGUUUACCAGAGAGACCAGAGGUUUUAAUAUUUAGAACCUUUAAAAAGACUGUAACUUUUAUCAAAAGUAAUACUGGUAAAAUGGUAGAAUGCCAAUAUAUUUAUACAAUGCAGCAUAUAAUUUAAAGUGGUUCUUUCUAUGUUUUCUCUUAAAGUCAAAUGUCUUGGUCAUGAGAUAUAUUUUGCAGACAUUAAAAAGUAAAAGUGAAAAGCUUUUAAAAAGCUCUUGUCUCCAAUUAUGAAUGUUUUCUGUAACAACAUAUUUAAAAUUCUUAUUUUCAAAAGCUUCUAUUUACGCGUGGAAUAUGUUAUUGUAAAAAGUUUUCACAAUAUUUGUGUUUCAUCAACAUGCUGGUUUUAUAAGUUUUUUUAUUUUUUGUUUGUGUUACUAUCACUACUUAACAUAUCUUUUUAAACACACUUGAGUAUGAAAAGAGUAUGAUGUGCGUUUUACAGCUUGUAUGUUGUAAAUGGUUUUUAUCUUUUUUGUACUUAUAAAUACAUUUUGUGAACCAUACUUCCCCUGUGAUAUCCAUGCAAUGUUUUUUAUUUCCCUAAGCGACUUAUAUAUAAGUGUGAAACAGAAUAUUUUCAGUGGUUUUAUUGUUUUACAUUCGAUACCCUUUAUUGCUAAAGGAAUUCUUUUUCCAUUUAAAAUGUAAUUAAGGAUGUGUUUUUAACAAACCAAUUUAGUCAACUUGAAAAAACAAUUAUUACAGCAUAUGACGUUCUUACACAUAGUUUCGGUUCUUACACAUAGUUUCGAAGUUGGCACAAAUGAUUGAUGCUAUGUAUAGCUUAUAAUAUAAUAGCCUUCACAAAGGCUUGUUGUUUUGUUCGGAAUACGUAAUUAACAACAUAUAAUUACAUGUUAAUUUUUUUAAGUACUCUAUUUAUUGUCAUGCAGCUUCAGUUAUUUUGCUUGGCGAAACUUGUAGUUUUGUAUUUUGAAUUGAUUAAAGAAUAAAACUGAUGGUGAUUUUUAAAAGCUUCUAUUUUUUUGUUAUUAUUUUUGCUAUAGCACCAUGUUGUUCUUUAAUAAUUCUUUCCAUUCAUAUUGUUAAUCGGACUUGUGCCCGACCAAUUAAGUAGAGAUUGUAAUUAAAGACAUUGCAUUGUUUUGAAUAAUGUCUGGUAUGUUCAUGCCUGUAUGAUUAUGUUACUUUAGAAAAGCUCUUAUGGACUGCAAAACACCCAUGUAAGUAUGAUCAUGACUUUAAUAUGGACACACCACCAUCACUACGUUUUUUCUUUAAGAAAGAAUAGUUUACUACAAAUAUGUUGAUGGCAUUUGUUGCUUGUUUUGAUAUCAAGAUUAGUGUGCAAAAAAAAAAUCAUUUAUUUUAAUUUAAGAACCAUUGUGUGUGGUAUGUAAACAAACUUAACCUGUGCAAUUUUACGAUAAGCAUGAAUUAAUAUUAAUUGCUAAAGAGGCAAAAGAACCAUUGGCAGCGAACUGUAAAAUUUUGCAUCUUGAUUGCUUUUUUGAAAGUUAGAUGUAAUUAAAUUAAAAUUCUGGUAAUUCAGACUCAAAGCUUUUUUUUAAAAAAAAUAAUCUGUAUAGUCUUGUCUAGAAUAUACUCUAAGUGCUACUAAAGAUAGAAGGCAGAUGAGCUAUGGUGGGCAGUUCACCACACAUGCUCUUUUAGUUUUUGGCGUGGAAUUAUGUUUAUUGAUAGAAAAUGCUUCUGAAAUCAGUUACUUUGAUUAUUUAGCUAUUUUUAUUAUUUGCUUCUGUAGUGAUGAAACAUUAAUAGAAGGCACAAGAAGUAGACAAAUAAUAACAUGCUUCUGCAUAAGUUAAUUGGACUUUUGUUUAUGGCGUUAAUUGAGUUAGCUAACUUUUGCUGAUGGUGCUAUAUCAAAGAGAAUUACUGCAAAUUGUUAGGAAUAAUUUUAUAAUAACUUUAUGUGGAUUUGCAUUUUUGAAGCAUAAAAUAAUAAACUGUUAAAGUUGCAUGAAUUAACACAUGGUUUGGGGAAGUGAAGUAAAACAAUUUUUCUUUUUAUCUCUGCUUCCAUUCAGGAGUUUAACACACUUGAUGUCAUACUUUCAAAGAAGAAGUAAAUUUUUUUAUGACUUUUGCAUGAGAUGAAUAGAAUAAAUGUUAAAUUACCAUAAGCGUUGAAAUUCUUAAAUACCCCAUUCGACUUCGAAAAUUUUGCUUUUUUUAUAUACAAUUUUCGUAAAAAAAUGUUCAUAAAAUUAACUUGUUGCAGCAAUUAAAGGGCAAACCGUUUUAAUUUCAUGCUUCCUUGAUUUCAUGUAAUCAGGUAAAUCCACAAAAUAUUACUUUGUUAUAGUUAAAAACCAAAUUAAAAAUUGGGAUAAGCAAUUUAUGACAGUUUAUGGCAGUUUGUGACAAUUUUACCUCUAAAAUUAGAGGUUAAAUUGUCAACAUAAAUUUUUAUGUGUACAUUUUUUUAGUAUUUCUGUUCUCUCCAGAAUUGAAUACUGUCAUUAGAGAUCAUGUUUAUUACUGAACAUGCAGCUAGCUAACUGUUAGUGGCGGGUGGUCAAAGACCUGUAAAAACAGUUAAAGUAAAAAAAAAAAAUUGUUGACAAUUUAACAAAUAAUAUUUCCUUGUUCUAAAAACCAUUAGUGAUAGUUUUAAAAUGUCUAGCUAGGGGUUAACGUUUGUGGGUUUUUAGCCACAUUAAAUGCUAUAAUUUUAAACCAAGUUGGACAAAGUGUUUUCACAUGUUUUUAACUUAAUUUUCAGAUAAAGUUCUGACAUUUCAAGGUCAUAAUAUUUAUCAAGGAAGAAUAAUCUUGGCCACAAACAGUCAACAGCUCAGCCAGGCCCCCUUCAAUACCAUCUAAGGUAUAGACAAGCGAAAAGGGACAAACACAAGAAGGUAUAUGUACUUUUACUACAAUGAAAUCUUUGAUUGAUCUCCCAUGGGAAGAUAUUUUAUGUAAACAUGUGCUCCCAUUUAUAAAUUUAAAAGAUGUACACCAGUUACAGUGUGUGAGUAGAGCUUUUUAUGACAUUGUAGAACUUUAUCUGCAAGAGUAUUGCCAAGAAUUAGAUUUUACUACUUAUGGUGGUAAAAAGUUCUUUAGCAGCAGUGUUUUUCGAAAAAUAAUGAAAAACAAGACAAACUUGUGUUUUUUAAACUUAACGAACUGUAAAAGUUGGGUAACUGAUAACUGCAUUGUCCCUGUCCUGCAAAGCAACAGCAAAAUUACUUGUCUUAUUUCACCGGAUUGUUACAAUCUAACAGAUUUAUACUUCUCUUGUAUUGCUUAUGAGCUGCAACUAUUGCAAAAGUUAGACCUGUCAUAUUGUAGACAACUACCAAAUGAAUCAUUGUGUUUAAUCGGGGAAAAAUGCAGUCAAUUGCAGCUAUUAAACGUGUCCGGUUGUUGGAAUAUCAAUGACUUUGCGAUCAACUGCGUCACUAGCAACAAUAGAAAUUUGCACGUUUUACAGAUUGAGUUAUGUUAUGCUGUUACAAGUGUGUCGAUUUCUAAACUUGCAAAAAACUGUUUGAAACUACAGCUACUCAACAUAAAGGGUUGUUGGAGAGUUAAAGACAUUGCCAUCAAAUUGAUAGGUGAAUAUUGUAAACAAUUAAAGGAGUUGCAUGUUAGAGAUUGCACUAACAUUACUGAGAUAAGUCUUGCAAGGUUGCGACCACGAAAUGUUAUUAUUGACAGAAAAUCACCUCAUUAUCUGUUGAAUUCAGAUAAUGCUCACAAAAUUUUGUUGCAAAUAUGAGUAUGAGCAUAACAUAAUAAUUAAAAGUCUGAGAUAUAAUCUAGCAUUUUUAUUUGCAUUUUAAAAUACAUUGUUGUACAGCUAUGAGCAUUUUUUAAUUAAGGCUUACACAUUUGUCUUAAAAGAUGUUAAUAAAAUUUU